AUGGAGAUCCUGCACUCUCUGUUCGCUGGGCUCUUCUUGGUCUCCCUGGUGACCGCAGGACACCGGAGGAUGCCAGACACCCUGUCUUGCAUCAGGCGUGACGGCUACUGUAAGGCAAAAUGCACGGCGAUCGCUGACCGCGUUGAAGAGGAGCUCGGGACCUGCAGGAAUGGAAGGCAGAGGUGCUGCCGCCCGAAGCGCCUGCUCUCCAGCUACUCUGGCAUCCUCGCUAACCUUCAGCCAUGAGGAUCCUCCACACUUUGCCCUUGUUUUAGACUCCGUGUUGGCUCCAGGAGAUGUGCACCCUUGAAUACAGAUGUCACUGCAGCCACCCUGUAAAUUGGCCAAUGUAAGAGGUGAAUUCAUUGUUGAAACUUCUGAGAGGAAGGGAUGCUGUUUGAAGACACUAUCUGACCCUAAUCAGAGCUGAGGAUAGCUCCAAUCAAGGAAACAGCUGUUUCUCUCUCUUAUCAGUCCUCUUUUAAAAGAAAGACCCUCUUGGGUCACUACACAGCUUAGGUGUUUUGUUUUUGUUCUUCUCCUCAAACCUCAUAGAAUCUUGUCAGUCAUGUCUUCAAGGUGUAUCUACAGUCACCUAGUGCAACCCUACGUAAUACUGAUGCUUAAUUUCUUCAUGUUAAUAAACAAUAGUUAUUCUUAAAAUUUAAAAGUUUAUAUAAGCUUAGAGGACACAUUUUUUUUAUUUGUUUAUACAUUACAUAAAUAAAUACACAUUUACAGA